GGGCUGGCGGUUGGCCACUGGGGCCGGGAGCGGGGAGCUGUGGCGUGGAGGUGUCCUCGCGCCCGCAGCCGCGAUCCGGAGCUGUGUGGUCUCAGGCAAGCGAGCCAACCGCUGCGGGAACCCGGGCGGAACGGAGCGGCGGGAGCAGGAUGGCAGAGGCCGUCGGAGCCGUGACACUGAUUGCGGCCCCGGCCCGCCGGCGCUGGCUGUGGUCGGCGCUAGCCGCGAUGCUCGGGCUGUUGACAGCUAGAAUAUCAGCCUUGGAGGUACAUACUCCUAAAGAAAUCUUCGUGGUGAAUGGGACACAAGGGAAGCUGACGUGCACGUUUGACUCUCCUAAUACAACUGGGUGGUUGACCACGGUCUCCUGGAGCUUCCAGCCAGAUGGCACCGACAGCGCCGUGUCGUUUUUCCACUACUCACAAGGACAAGUGUACAUUGGGGAUUAUCCACCGUUUAAAGACCGAGUCACCUGGGCUGGGGACCUUGACAAGAAAGAUGCAUCGAUCAAUAUAGAAAACAUUCAGGCUGUUCACAAUGGCACCUAUAUCUGCGAUGUCAAAAACCCUCCUGACAUUGUUGUGCGGCCUGGGCAGAUUAGGCUCCACGUGGUGGAAAUAGACAACCUGCUGGUGUUCCUGGUUUGGGUGGUGGUGGGCACUGUCACUGCUGUGGUCCUUGGGCUCACUCUACUCAUCAGCUUGGUCCUGGUCGUCCUCUACAGACGGAAGCAUUCGAAGCGGGAUUACACCGGCUGCAGUACCUCAGAGCGUUUGUCACCAGUUAAGCAGGCUCCACGGAAGUGUCCCUCCGACACAGAGGGUCUAGUAAAGAGUCCGCCUUCCGCCGGAUCUCACCAGGGCCCAGUCAUAUACGCACAGUUAGACCACUCUGGCGGACAUCACAGUGGCAAGAUUAAUAAGUCAGAGUCUGUUGUGUAUGCGGACAUCCGGAAAGACUAAGAGAACACCCCAAAUAUUUCUUAAGCAAGAAACAAACCCAAGCGGACUCUUGUGAGGAAAGUGUCCAUAACCAUGUGUGGCCUUGAAGCAAGGACAAGCAUGUGUGUACUCAGAGAGAGAAGAAAAUGUGUAUAAAGGAAAUGCAUAUUCUAUUUAAUCUUCCGAUGUGAGAGGCCAAUGUUGCAUGAUGAGAUGGUAUGAGUCUAUGUAUGUGUAAGUUGUCUUGCUGUUUCUCUAUAUUCUUUCAGAGUCAUUUCCAGCUGGAAAGUUUCAGAAACAUCCUGUCACCCCGGGAUAUGGUUUGCCUUAUUGAAGACUCUGCAGAACCCUUGGGCUUCCCAACAGACGUGGCCUUUUCAUCAAGGGCUCAACCAGUCUAAGCAUUUCUUGUAGUUAGAGAGUGCAAUGUUGAGUGGAAGUGUGUCUCUCACAGUAUCAGGACCGUUUGUUCUGUGCCCGUGCUAGCUGAUCGAUGUCAUCCAUUAACCAUGCCACCGGAGGAUGGUUUGAGAGGUUUUUGUUGAUGCUUUUCUAAAAUUUGAGGGACUUUUGAGCUUGAGGGCAUCACCAUCCUGCUAUUAGCUAAGAGCUCACCAGUGAGUGGGCUGACUGAGGCCGUGGUUGUGGUUAAAAGGGUACAAGUUACAGCACCCCAGCAUGACAUUAACAUGUGAAAGAUGUCAGAGGAAGUCAGCAUCUUCCUUCUCCUCCUCUUAGGGAUUCAGUGAAUGAACCGUACAUUCUAGAUACCCCAGGUGCUUUAUGGUCUCCUUGUAGUACUGAGACAGAGACAGUGCAUACGGUGCUAGGAGUGGGCUCUGUUCAAAUGACACCUCCUCUUAGGGGCUUUCUGCAUCUGGCUCCGUGACCUCCCUGCCCAGUCAGAACCAAAUCCUCUGUUGGCCCAAGCCAACCUUCUUCCCUAGGCGGAAACAGUUAGCUGCUGGCAUCCUGGACUGAGUCUGCAGCCUGGUUCCAGCUGCUUACAGGACAGCGUGCAGACCUCAGGGUCUAACUCCACACCCCACCUCCUUGGAGCAUCCGGUCUCUUUCCGGAAACUCUGUCUUCUGGGCCUAGCUACAGAUAACAGUGAGGUCACAUCCAGACGGCAGACCUGUGCUUCCUGUGUCUUCUGACCAGAAGAGUGCAUGAGAUUUGAGAAGAGACACCUAAAAGUGAUGGCUUUUUAAAAUCCCUGUCUGUAUUUUCUCACGGAAAUGUAUCCAGCUAGGAGAGAUAUCAAGUUCAUUGUUACUUUUUGAUAUUUUCAUUUGUACUUCUGUGACUAUUUUAAUACAUCUUUUUUGAUUUCUGAA